AUGGGAGAUGCACACAUGCAGUCCACCAUGGUGCAGGGUGCCGAUGCCAUGACGGCUCUUGAUCUGCAUCACUUAAUUUCGCAAUUCUGCCAACGACCAGAUCCUAUGGACAUGAUGUCAGCGAAUGCACACGCAUUACCAGGCAGUUCUGUGCAGCGUGAGCAUGCCCUGCUGGAACUAAGCAAGAAGCGCGAGCAGUACGAAGAUUUGGCCCUUGUGCUUUGGAAUAGCUUUGGUGUUAUGCCCUCACUAUUGCAGGAAAUCAUCUCUGUGUACCCGCUGCUUUCGCCGCCUGUCUUGACGGCUCACGCGUCGAACCGCGUCUGCAAUGCACUCGCGCUCCUUCAGUGCGUAGCGAGCCACAAUGAGACGCGUGGCCCCUUUCUUCAGGCCCAUAUUCCUCUUUUUCUGUACCCUUUUUUGAAUACAACAUCCAAGUCCCGUCCGUUUGAGUACCUGCGUCUCACAUCGCUGGGUGUCAUCGGUGCUCUUGUGAAGCAGAACGACAAGUCGGACGUGAUCACCUUUCUUCUUUCCACUGAAAUCAUUCCACUUUGUCUUCGUAUCAUGGAGACUGGCUCGGAGCUUUCAAAGACGGUGGCCAUCUUUAUUGUGCAAAAGAUUCUGCUCGAUGAUUUGGGCCUGAACUAUAUCUGUCAGACGUACGAGCGUUUCUACGCUGUUGGAACGGUGUUGAGCAAUAUGGUAGCACAAAUCGUUGAAAGUCAGGCCGUCCGACUGCUCAAGCACGUCGUUCGGUGCUAUUUGCGCCUCAGUGACAAUCCCCGGGCUCGUGAAGCAUUGCGGUCUUGUCUCCCCACGCCUCUUCGAGACGCCACUUUUUCGCAGCUUUUGAAGAACGACCACAUCACUAAGCGAUGUCUUGCUACACUUCUUCUAAACCUGUCGGAUCGUGCUGAAAAUUAG